UUGAAGAACAGGAGAGAAAGAUAUUGAUAGCUAGUGGCCUGCACUUAAGAUCAGGACGUACUAUACGGCGGAUGAUGGCAGAGGAAGAACGACUGGACUUGCCUCACAAAUAGCGUAACAUGAAUGUAGAUACUUUAAAUAGCAAGCGAAAAGUUGUAAGCAAAUACUUUGUGGGUAAGACUGUUAUGGAUGAAAGUCUCUCUGAUUUCAAGGAGAAGAAAAGUUUUAAAGCAAAAAAUAAAGCACCUCCUGCCAAGCCUAAAACUAUAAAAGUGAAACGAGUCAAAGGUCAGAAGGAUAUACGGACUGUGUUAAAGGCUAAAAAGAAUGAGCUAAUUGCUUACUCUGAAGAUUUUGACUCUGUAUGCAAGAAAUCUGGGAUUGAUGUAGAUUCUGAACAACUCCAGCUAGCUAUAGCUCUGUCCAAAUCACUACAAACAACAGAUUCCGGUGAAAGUUCAAGCUCAAGCUCAAAAUCUUUGACAACCCAACAAAGGACAGGACUCAUUCGCACUACUUUAAAAGAGUAUGGAUUUAAAGUGCCUGCAAAACCGAUUACAAAUAGGAAAACCAAGAAACGAAGAAAACCGUACAAAUUGCUUUUGACAAGCGAGGAAGAAAAGCAACAAAUAAUAUCUGAUAGGUACUCACAAAUACUUUUUGAGUUAAAUAACUUACAUAGUAGCGCUAGAGAUGAAGAUUUAGUUUUACCUAAUUUAUUCAUAUACAACAUGUCUACUAAUAUAGAAUAUGAUAUUAUUAAAGAUGACUCUAUAUUUUAUGUUGAGAACAUUGUUGAAGAAACACCAAAUAUCAUGGGAUGCUUGUUAAAAAAUUGGUCUGAUAUUCCCGGCAGACCGUCAAGUCCUAAUGUCAACAAAUCUGAACUACUUUUUUCAGAAGUAGAAUGCUCUCAGGAAGAAUUAGACAUUGUUCUAAGUGGGUGUUUAAAAAAUAGUAAAGAAAUUCUUAAGAAGAAAAAUAUAGUGAAAGAUAAAGGAAAUGGUGUUGAUAUUAGUCCAGUUAAAACCAUUAGUAAAACUACAAUAGAUCUUAGUCCAAAAUUUGUAGAAGAUGCAGGGAACCAAUCACCAGUUGUGAUAGCAGAAAGCAGUAGUAUUGAUAUAAAUGAUACUGAAAAUGAUGAAUGUUCAUUAAAAGUAGUUAAUAGAGAAAUGUUAAUGGUAACGCAGCCAAGUAGAAGCUUAUCCCCGGACUUAUUUGAUGAUGAAGAAGACAUGGUAGCUGUAAUAGCUAAUGAAACAGUAACAGAAACUGAAUCUGUAAGUAAUUUUACAAAACAAGUCAGUGAAGUCAUGGAUUUGACUGAAUGUGUUCUUGCUCAAAAAAAUGUGUGUAAUAGUAGCAAUAUGAAACCAUUAUCUCAAAUAUGUCAACAAAUAGAUAUCACUAAAAGAAAAUCUGAUGAUUUCAUGGAGAUAACAAAAUGUGUAGGAAGUUCAUCCCAUCAAAUAAUAGAUAAUAUUGAAGAAGAAAUAGAUUUAACAAGACCAUGUAUAAAAAUUUCUACUAAUUUAAAUAAUGACAUGCAUCCUGAAGUUGUGGAAUGUGACAGUAAUUCUUCUCUAUUUAUUACAAAUAAGACUGAUGAACAUAUAGAUUUAACAGCUGAAUGUGAAAAAGGUAAUGAAUCAGAAAACAAUAGAAACCAAUCAGAUAUGGAUAUUUUACAAACAAAUUUAAAUAUUUGUUCAAAAGACAAGACUGAUGAACUUGUUGAUUUAACAGAACACUGUGUUGGUGACAGGGAAAAAAAUAAUUAUUGUGUAAAUGCUGACAAUAUUGAACAUAUGGAUUUAACCCAAUCUUCAAAUGCAAGUAGUGAUUCAUUACCUUUUGUUCAAGUUGGUGGUACACAGGAAGAUUCAGAGAAAUCUCUAGAUGAUACAAUAAUAUUAAACGAAAAUGAUUACAUAAAAACCAAAACGCCAGAAAGUAAUAAGAAGUUACGUACCAGUGCUGAUGAACAGCCUCAUCCAGAUUUAAACACUCCUAGUUCAGGCAAAGUAAGUGAGGUAUCACCAAAAUGCAUGUCAGUAGAAACAGAUGAGACUUCUAUAAUAAACCUUGAUGACAGUGAAGUACCUGAAGUAAAAGAUGACAAUGUAGAUUUAACACAAUCAUCUGAUUCAAAUGAGGCUAACAACAUUUGUCAAAACAGUCAUGUAAACAACAGUAGUCUCGGAAAAAAAGAUGAUGUGUCAGUAGAUUAUGAUGAAGCUUUAGAAAACAUGAACUCUUUUCCAUAUGAUAAUGAUACAAUAGUGACUGAAGACCAUUUAGGAAAGACUAAUGAUAAUGUGGUGCUUUUAAAUAGUACUGAACCUGAACCUAUUAAAGAUUUAAACUCUUUUUCUGAAAAUAUCGACAACUAUGUUGAUUUUGGGGCCUUUCAGUUAUAG